CAUGAUGGUGAGCUACCAGGUCCUGGUGCUACGAGGUGCCCCGCUGAUCUGCCCACACCUGCCUCCCCUUCACCGUGUUCUGGCCCACCUCCUCGUCUGCAUCCUACUGGAGGAGGUCGCCUUCUACUACUUACACAGGCCAUGAUGGAGAAACAAUGAUGAAUGCAGUACUGGAUACUCUGCUUGAACAUGAUCUCUCUAUUAUGGAUUGCCGUGGCCAGAGCUACGACAAUGCAAGUAACAUGUCGGGUAAAUAUAAUGGAUUGCAAGCCCGUAUCAAGCAAAUCGACCCACUUGCUGAAUAUGUGCCCUGCUCAGCACAUUCUCUUAAUCUUGUUGGGUCAUGUGCUGCGGAGUGUCGUGUCACUGCAGUUUCAUUUUUUGGACUUUUACAAGCACUCUUUAAUUUUUUCUCUGCUUCAACGCAUCGGUGGAGUAUACUCAAGUCAACCAUUCAUGGAGAUGUCAUCAAAUCAUUAUCAACAACAAGGCGGUCAGCGCAGCAUGAUGCAACACAUGCUUUGAAAGACAGCUUUGCUGAAAUACGUUCUGCUUUGAUCCAAAUAGCAGAGGAUGAAGACCAGACAGCAACUAUAAGAAGCGAAGCAGCCAGCUUAGCAUCAAAAUUGGAAGAUUUUGAAUUGGCCUUACUCUGUGUGCUUUGGGACUGUAUACUGGAACGGUUAAAUGUCACGAACAAGACACUUCAGAAAAUUGAAAUUGAAAUGGCUACUUGUGCUAACCUCUACGCAGGCUUAGUGGAAUUUGUAAGCUCACUUCGCAAUGAUGAAGCUUUUGAAAUGUUUGAAGAGAAAGCUAAACUGCUGGUGAAAGACUACAGUUACCGGGCUGAUAAUCAGCGGUCAAGGAAGAGGAAACGCAAUUUUGAAGAGCCAGACAAUGAAAUUGUGUUGCUACCAAGGCAGAAAUGUAAGACAGCUACAUACUUCGUCAUUCUGGAUUCACUGAUUACAGAAUUGGUGAAAAGAAAAGAAAUCUACCAGACUCUCAAUGACAAGUUUGGAUUUCUGUUCAACAUUACUACUAUGCCAGAUGCAGAAUUGAGAGAAGCUGCAUUAAAGUUGCAACAACACCUUUUAGCAGAUGUUCAGGACACAUUUGUUGAAGAAAUAGUUCAUUUUUCUGGGUAUAUGAAUCAGAUUAAAGCUCCACCUGAAAAAUGUGCGCCCUCAGCUGCUUUGAAACAUUUAAGAAAUGCAGGUAUCUCAGAAACCUUCCCUAAUGUUGACAUAGUGUAUCGCCUUUACCUAACACUUCCAGCUACUAACUGUGAAGGAGAACGUUCAUUUUCUGUUUUGAAAAGAGUGAAAAACCAGCUCCGUUCAACAAUGAGCCAAGACAAAUUGUGUAACCUAGCCUCGUUGACCAUUGAGUCUGAAUUAACAAGAUUAUUAUUAUUAUUAUAAUCAAAAAGAAGCGCUAAGCCAUAAGGGCUAUACAGCUGAAUUAACAAGAAAUAUUGAUUUUCAGAAUAUAAUUGAUGAUUUUACCAAUAUGAAAUCCAGAAUAAAGUUUAUUUAAGAAGUGCCUGUGAAUAUAAACAAUUCUUUACUUUCUUGAGUUUAUAUGAUUUGAUAGUCUUAUGCAUGAUGCAAUGAUAACAAUAAUGGUCAGUGAUUUAUAAAGGGAAUAAAUAAUAGUGCUGUAGUGGUUAUGCUGAAUAUAAUAGGUACAUGAUGUCACUACUUUAAUAGCCUAAUCUAGUAAUACUAUGCUGUCUUGAGUUUAUUCUCUUUAAAAUGCAUGAUUUAACAAGAUAGUUAUAAUGGCUGUUGGUAAAUGGUUUUGGUUGUCUUGAUGUACUUUCCCUAUUAAAUAUAAUCUAAAUAGCCAGAAUGUAUUUAAUUAGACCUUAAACAGGCUCACACCGACCCCCCCCCCCACCCCCAAGAUGGAAGGGGUCGCUUCGCUUACCCGUAACUCAAAGGGGCCCCGCCAAUCUGAAUAGCCUAGGGCCCGGAGACUUCUUAAUCCGGCCCUGACUACAAUACCGUGUUAGUACAAUUUCGCGUUACUACAAUUCCGUGUUACUACAAUCCCAUGUUACUACAAUACCGUGUUACUACAAUACCGUGUUACUACAAUUCCAUCUUACUAUAAUCUCAUGUUGCUCCAUCACUGGUUAUUGUACUCAUCAUCACCAGGUUGUUCCAUCAUUGGUUAUUGUACUCAUCAUCACCAGGUUGUUCCAUCACUGGUUAUUGUACUCAUCAUCACCAGGUUGUUCCAUCACUGGUUAUUGAACUCAUCAUCACCAGGCUGUUCCAUCACUGGUUACUGUGCUCAUCACCAAUAGGUUGUUCCAUCAUUGGUUACUGUACUAAUCAUCACCAGGUUGUUCCUUCACUGGUUAUUGUACUCGUCAUCACCAGGUUGUUCCAUCACUGGUUAUUGUACUCAUCACCAGGUUGUUCCAUCACUGAUUACUGUACUCAUCAUCACCAGGUUGUUCCAUCACUGGUUAUUGUAUUCACCACCUGGGUGUUCCAUCACUGGUCAGUAGACAACAAACUAUCGUUACACCUCGGGAAAACGGAAGCCAUACUCUUUGGAACGAAACAAACUGAGAAGGGUAAAAAUAAUUUUUUGUAAUGGGGAACCCAUCACUUCAUUUUCCUCGGUAAAAUAUCUGGGAAUCCCCUUUCAGAAUGAAAUUCCUCUACAGAUAAGCACAGUGUGUACCGACUGAGGCUCGCAGGACUCUGUCUAGCCCUUAUACAAUGUCAUAUAGAAUACGCUUGCUAUACAUGGUACUCUGCCUUGACCAAAAAAAACAAAAAAAACAAAAAAAACUGAUAGACUAUAAAUCACUCAGAACAAAAUGGUAAGAUUCACCCUGGACCUGGGUCCAAUUAUUAUUAUAAUCGAAAGGAAGCACUAAACCAACCUGGGUCCAAGAGAACAUGUAGUCCAGGAUGAAUUUACAACUGGAUAUGCUGAAUAUUGCAGACAGUAAAACAAAUGAAGCUAAAUCAAAUUUAUAAAAUUGCUCACGAACAGUGUCCAGAAUAUCUUGCUGCCAAUUUUGUCAAGGUUGGGAACCAAAGCAAUCAUAGUACUAGGGGGAGAGAGCACAACUUUGUAGUAGCCACAGUCAUUGGCCAGGCUUCAAACACCUUUUAUUUCACAUCAAUAAAGAAAUGGAACAGACUGCCUGCACAUGUCAAAGCCAGUCAUAGCAUGAACCAGUUCAAGAAGACUGCCAAAAGGAGCCUAAUGAAUGAAGCGACAGAAAGGAGGAGAAAGAUUUUUUAUUUUUUUUUUUAGCAAACACACAAGUAUAUGUAAGUAACUCACUUUACGUUAUUCCUAGUAUAUCUCCGUUAUAGUAUAAUAAUAAGGUAUUAAAAGGACGCCAAUCAAAAUAAGGCACUUUGACUUUUUUGGGUUAUGCUAGGUGCUCUACACAUAUGCUGCUAUGUGUGAUAAUCUAUGUAACUGUAUUUGUGUAUACCUGAAUAUUAUUAUUAUAAUAAAAAAGAAGCGCUAAGCCACAAGGGCUAUAUAUACCUGAAUAAGCUUAUUUGUUGUACUCAUCAUCACCACGUUGUUCCAUGACUAGUUACUGUAGUCAUUACCAGGUUGUUCCAUCACUUGUUAGUGUACUCAUCAUCACCAGGUUGUUCCCUCACUGGUUACUGUACUCAUCAUCA